AUGCCCUCUUACACCAAGUUCUUUAAGGAAAUCAUGUCCAAUAAAAAGAAACUUGAAGAUGACGAGACAAUGGCACUCACUGCAGAGUGUAGCACCAUUAUCCAAAACAACAUACCCCAAAAACUGAAAUACCCUGGUAGUUUUUCUAUUCCAUAUGUGAUAGGUAAGUUUGUCAUUGACAAGUAUCUUUGUGACUUAGGAGCUAGCGUAAGUCUAAUGCCCCUUUCGAUUUGUGAGAAGCUAAACUUAGGAGACUUAAGACCUACGAGGAUGUCCCUUCAGUUAGCCGACCGCUCCAUUAAAUACCCUGUAGAAAUGAUGGAAAAUAUUCCAGUGCGUAUUGGCCAAUUCUAUAUUCCUACAGAUUUCAUAGUGAUGGAUAUAAAGGAAGACUCUAAUAUACUUAUCAUAUUAGGAAGACCUUUCUUAUCCACUGCAAGUGCGAUAAUAGAUGUAAAACAAGGGAAACUAACAUUCGAAGUAGGUGAAGAGAAACUUGAUUUUAUUCUUUCCCAAUUUCUUAAAGCUCCAACUAUAAAUGACACUUGUUGUUUCAUAGAUAUUAUUGACGAAUGCAUAACAAAAUUAGCAUAUGAACGAGCAUCUCCUAUUAAGGAACUGAUCAAACUUCCAGCUGAAGUUAUGCUAGAAGAAGAUGUGGCCGAAUAUGACCGCCCAAAUACUGAUGAUAGCUUAAGAGAAUGUCUUGCACUUACACCUGAUCCUAUGCCAAGCCUUAAGAAACCUUCAGUAGAACUUAAGUUUUAUUGUAUGUUUUCGCGAUUUUAUAUGUUGGUUGUCUGUGGUGAUGUCCUCCAGGUUCAGGUAGAAGAUAUGAGGGAAUCGAUGCGAGACACUGAAAUCGAAGGACUUAGAUAUGAUCACUGUGCUGGUUAUCUUAAAAGCAAAUACAUAAAGAUUAAGGACAAAAUGAAGGAAGAAGCUGCAUUGGCCCUAACCAUUGUACCAUGGUAUGCUGACUUCAUAAACUACCUAGCAGCCGGAGUUCUACCUCCAGAUAUGACCUACCAACAGAAGAAGAGAUUCUUCCACGAUUUAAAAAAAUUCUAUUAG